ACAUGCCUGUUUUACGGAGAUGGUGGUGCCUGUUGCUUUUGGAAAACAACACCUUGAACAGUUAUGGAAAAGUCUUUGCCCACUGGACCAAGGAAUGCCAGGAGCUCCUUGAGGGAAAGCAUGCUCCAGUCUUCAGGCUGAAGAGGAAGGCUGAGCAGGACACUGAGGAAACCAUGGCAGAGAGGGCCUCUGAUGAAGAGUGUGCAUGGCUGACCCAGAGAGAUUCUGUUUUCCAGACAUCACGAAACACAGGACAGAGACUGUUAUACCCAGAUGCUGAGUCUCUGGAAUGGAUCCAGUGCCAGAUGUGCAAGGGCUGGCUGCACAAAGAAUGUGCGGGAAAAGAUAUCAACGAUGACUCAUUCAACUGUGGAUGCACAGAUAUCAGUGAACGACCAAGCAUCAUGGAUACUGUUGAGAAAGGACGGAUUCUGGCAGUGUUUUCCAAGACACAGAUCAAGAGCUUACAUGAUGAUCUCAUCAAUGGAAGCAUCCGUUCGAACAGGAUGUAUCUUUGGCAGGAUCCCUCCACCUCAAUUAACCUCAAACAGCAUCUAAAGCUAAGGGCGCUGAAUUUUAGUGACCAGCGGAUCUUUGAGCUCCUGAGGAUGAUUGAGGAGGCCACAGGCAUAGGAGAAAAGAUAAAGAGAGGGGAGAUAGGACUCCUGGAUUUUGUCUUUGAUGUGAUGCUCCCAGAGAUAUUGAUCAAAAUCCUUCAAGAAGGCAUGACGAGGCUGAAGGCAGAGAUCACGAUGGCCAGUGGCAGCCUCUUUUAAGCCCCUCCACCACCACCUGCUACCACCCACCCCCAAGAGAUCACGAUGGCCAGUGGCAGCCUCUUUUAAGCCCCUCCACCACCACCUGCUACCACCCACCCCCAAGAGAUCACGAUGGCCAGUGG